CGUUACCGAGCUGUGAUGUCUUGGCUGAAGGCUCGUGCUCGUGCCCGUGUGCUCAGCCUCACAGAGUCAUUCAAGGAGGCCGGCAAGGGGGGGGAGGAUGUAAUAGAAGUGUGUGUGUCGUCCACUGCGGCGGAUUCAAUGGGUGAAACAUUCCAUGGAAAUUAUGCAAGAACUGGGCAGGAACAGCUAAAGGAGAGCCCGAACAUGCUGCAUAACAAUGCUUCCUGGCUGCCAACUCAGCAGCAUCCUCAGCAGCAUCCUCAGCAGCAGGCACAGCUGCAGCAGCACCAGGCACAGCAGCAGGCACAUCUCCAUCAGCAGCAACUGCAACACCAACAGCAGCAGCAGCCGCAGCCUGUCUAUGCCAGCCAAAUUUUUCAACAGCAACAGGCACCACCACCACUUGGCCAGCAGCAACAAUACUGGCCAGAGGAGCAGCAGCACCCGCAGCAGCAGCAGCAGCACCCGCAGCAGCAGCAGCAGCACCCGCAGCAGCAGCAGCAGCCGCCGCUAAAUUACAGCAACUACUUUGCAGUCCCAGGUGGUGGUCAGCAGGCGCCAUCGAAUCUGCCUCAGCCAGAGUUACAUCCCCCUCAAAUGUAUUACCAUCCUCCUCCACCUCAAACAACAACUCCGCAACAUCAGAUGAAUCCCGAAGUCCCAAUGGAUUCCUUUGACAACAGUAGCAGCAGCAUCCAGAAUAACAACAACAUCAACACCGGCAGCACCAGCAGCGGACGGAACGAUGGCUGGGGAGACUGGGGCGAUUGGAAUGAGACGAACAAUAACAACAACAACAGCAACAACAAUAGCCAGAGCCACAGCAACGAGGCCGUGCUGGAGCCACCGCCAAGUAACUUAGUCGAGGACGCAUUCAACAUGCAGGGGUCGCAGGGCAGCAGCUGGCAGGCCUUCGCCAACCACAACAACAACAGUAGCAAAAAUUUGGAACUUCCGCCACCCGUGGAACAGCAGCCGCUACAGCCACCACCGCUACAGCCACCACCGCUACAGCCACCACUGCUACAGCCGCUGCAGCAGCACCUCCAACAACUCCAUUUGCAACAGCCUCCGCUAGAGGUGGGCCAGGAACCAGAACUAGAUGCGAUUGUGCCGCCGCGAGCCUUUCAGAAUCAACCAUCUGCGACUGGAGGGGCAGAAGAGGCACCAGGAGGAGUAGGUGGAUUGGUGGCAAUAGCUCCACCUGCUGCCCUGCCACCGAUCACUGCCAGUCCAGGUGGCAACCCCUUCAAGCGUUCCACUGGACCCAGCAAACGGGUCAACAUACUGGCUGCCACACAAGGAAGUGCCUCUGCUCCUCCGCAGCCGGCCACGGCACUCGCGCCACUACCAGCACAAGGUCCUGUGACAGCAGCAACAGCAGCAGUAGUAGCACCAACAGCUGGGGUAAUCUUUGGUCUGGCCGCAGAGCAGCAGCCGGAACAUUUCAAUAUAUUGACAACGCCGGCAGUUCCGGGAUCGAGUCCCACAGUUGCAUCCUCCAUUUAUGGAAUACCCGCGCCAUCCACACAGCAGCAGCAGCUGGUGAUUCCGCCAUCACUCCACGAGUCGUCACCCCUGGAGAUGGGGGCCGCCUAUGAGAACCUGGAGGUACUAGCCGCACCCAACGACGAGCGGGCACAGUAUCUGCAGACCAGUCACCUGUCGGAGCAGCCCGAGGGGGAGGGGGAAGCCAACUGGGAGGCGGAGACGGAUACUGGCCUGUUGCCGCCGCCCGGUUUGUCGCGUUUGGUGCUGGGCCAGCCGGAGUUGGAGCAGCAGCGACUCGUCACGGGCACCGAACAGCCACCGGCCACGGCCAUGAAUGUUGUUCAGGCGGCCCUUCAUAUGGAGGAGCGUCAGGCCGAUGGCGAGGACACCUCCGAGGGGGAGCAGCCGCCCCUCCGUGUCGAUGAUCGCAAUCUCUAUCAGACGCCGCCACGUCGUGUGGUGACGGGUGUGGAGACGACUCCCACCGUGUCUGUGCGGGAGCAGCGUGAGGUUGUCCUCGAUGGCGAGAAUCUGGAGGAUCGGGACGAGCCACCACCAAACCUUGCCUUAGGCGGAGUUCCGGCUGUCGUUCCGGAGCUGCCGCUACAGCAACAACAACAUCACAGCCUCCCCGAAGAUGCCGAGGCCAUGCAUCACAAUCCCGCAUCACAGUCGGCUCCAGCGGCUGCCUCUUCCGGCGCCAUCGCCUCUUACCAGCAGCCCCUGCAGCAGCUGCAGCAGAACCAGCAGCAACAACAGCAACAACAACAGCAGCAGCAGCAACAGAGAUUGGAGAAGAAGCGUCCCCAAGCCGGCCACAGGAUGUCGCGGAUAGGAAAUGCCUCAUUGGACCUGGAGUCUGACGAGGAGUCGGACGAUUUUCUGCUCAGCGAACGCGAGCGAGAACGCGACAGGGAGCACGAUCGACGAGACCUGCUCGAUGAUCGGCGCGAACGUCGUGGUGGUGGUGGGGGUCAUGGCCACUACAACAACUACGACGGCGAGACGGAGGACUCUGUGCGGGGCGCCGGCCCACCCGGACCUGGGGAGAGCAAGUCCGUGCGGGACAGUCAUCGCCGCAGCCACGAGGGCAACAGCCAGCCGUCGACGCAUGGUCGGCGUCGCAAUCCAGACACAGACCUGGAACGGGAGCGGGAACGCGAUCGGGAUCGGGAGCGCAACUGGCGCCGGCGAUCGAACAAGUACCACAGCGGCGGAGAGGAUCAGGAGCGUUACCCGGAGCACUCUCGCCGCUACAACAACAGCAACUACGAUGGAGAGUCCGAUGGUCCCGAUUCGAGCCACAUGGGCGCUGACAGCGAGAUGCUGCUAGAUGGAGGAAGCGUUGGCCCUGGCGGCGGACCCAGCAGCAUAGGUGGCCGCAGCAGCAAGAAUGGCGGCAGAGACCGCCAGAGACGCACUGGGACCGCGCCCGAGGAAGACUACGACUAUGAUGACUAUGAGCGAGAGCGUGGCCAAUACUCGACUCGUCGCUCCAUCAAGCAGUCGGAGAAGAGCAGCCGCCAGAGCGGUGGGAGGCGCGAUCGCGAUCGUGGUCAUGAGGCCACCAGCGAUCAACGGCCACAGAGGCGCAGCAACGAUGAUAGCACCCUGGAACGGCGACGUCGCCAUCCGCAUCCUGAUCAACGGCACUGGGACGGGUACGAGGAGUACCGCCGGAAGAGCUCUCGCAACAGCGACCUGGAAAAGGAGCGCACCAAUGGCGGUGGUGGCGGCGGCGGCGGUGGCGGUGGCAGUGGCAGCUCCAAGCGACGCAACUACGCCCCGUAUGCGGGAACUGGAUACGAUCCGUACGGAAUGUACGAGCAGAUGUCGAGAAAUCCCCGAGCCUAUGCGGACUCGUACGCCAAGUUCUAUGCCCAAAUGCUCAACUCGAUGACGGCAGCGGCUCCGUACACCAUGGCCGGUGUCGCUCCGGCCCAGCACCAGCAUCAGCAGCAGCAGACGAUGAUUAAUGCAGGAGUCCAAAUGACGGAUGUCAUACGGACGACUGGUAAGGAGGGUGACCUGCUUACAGAACGAGAACGGUAUACACACGCAUACAUACAAAAUCAAGAUAACGAAUACCAUCGUCGACAUUAUAACGAGCUGCUCUACCAGCAACAGCUCCAGCAACAGUUCCAGCACCAGCAGCAGCUACUGCAGCAGCUACAGCAGCAGCAUGAGUUUCUUAACCGCAGCAUGGUGGACAUUGAGGCGGCGGCGGACAGCAGUGCCAGCUUCUAUGGCGGCGGUGAAUCGUUUAGCAGCCGGAGAUUUAUCUAUGGGCAUCAUUUCCUGGCCAGUGCCCGAUCGCUAAGCAAUCUAAAUGCGGCGGAUACGAAUGGAACAGGACGAAGCUCACGUUGCAGCGGCCUAUAUUAUGCUGGCUCUGAAUGCGGCCUCGAUAUCAGAGCUGGCGAUGUGGCAGCAACUUCUCUGUCCUCUUACGGUGGCCUGGCUGCGGCUGCAGCUGCAGCUGCCCCGACAUCGGUGGCCCGUCCGCCCAGGAGGCGCACCCCACUUAUGUACAACCGGCCGCAUCUAGUAGCCUCGUACGCGAUGAGCCUGCUACUGAAGGUGAAGCCAAAGUACGCCGGACGCGGCCGCCUGCGCAACGAUGUGGAGGUGGCGGCACCGCGCUUCCGUGACGGCACAAGCAGUUUGCUGCGCAUGUACCCGGGACCCCUGCAGGGCCGCAAGUUGCACAAGGACAAGAUCAUUAGUUUCUGCAAGGAGCAGAUACGACUCGGCCCCACCCGCGGCUGCACGCUGCUGUAUGCCACGCAGAAGAAGCCCCAGGGCUCCGUGGAGAAGUACCGGUCCUCGCACGCACUCAUGUGGAAUCUGCUCAUCCUUCUGCUGCGCCAGAACGGGUACAUUGCCGACACGGAUGUGGGCGAUCUGCUGCUGGAGAACCAGCAGGAGUAUCCCUACAAUCCGGCCGAGCUGGAUACCGCGUCCGAAACAGAGCCCGACGCCUAUCCCGAGGCAUCGGAGCGAGCGGAGCCGGCUGUGGAUUCGGAAGCUGAGAGCGAAGCGGCUGCCACCAGGGCCAGUCCAUCCCCAGACGACGACGACGAAGAGCCUGCCGUUCCUGGCGCUGGGGCUGGUGCUGAUGCCUCCAGCGGUGCUGGCGGCACGGGGAAAGGGAAUCCAGCGACGCUAUCGGAGCAGGCGGCCACGGACAAGUUCCGCAGCUAUGUCCUGCGCGGCAAUGUGGAGGAGGCUCUCCAGUGGGCCACCGAUAACAACCUGUGGACGCACGCCUUCUUUCUGGCUCUGUACGAGGACCGCUAUGCCCUGACAGACGUGGCCCAGAAGUUCCUCAAUCGCGCCAUCAAGGCCAACGAUCCGCUGCAGACGCUCUACCAGAUGAAGAGCUGCCACACACCGGCCUGCGUCAGCCAGCUGAGGGACGAGCAGUGGGGCGACUGGCGCUCCCACCUCUCCAUUCUCGUGACGAACAAGUCGCGCCAACCGGAGUACGAUCGCAGCUCGGUGGUAGCCCUGGGUGACACGCUCUUCCAGCGCGGUGACAUAUAUGCGGCCCACUUCUGCUAUCUGGUCGCCCAGGAGGAGUUUGGACGAUACGACAGCUCAGCCACCCAGCUGACGGCGCUAACGGCCAACGUUCCGAGACUCAUCCUGCUGGGCGCCUCCCACUACAAGCAUUUCAACGAGUUUGCCAGCAACGAGGCCAUCAUCAUGACGGAGAUCUACGAGUACGCCCGCUCGCUGUUCGACCAAAAGUUCAGCAUUCCCAACUUCCAGCACUACAAGUUCCUGCUGGCCACGCGCAUCCUCGACUAUGGACAGCAUUUCCGCUGCACCAACUACCUGGAGCAGAUAGCCAAACACAUUGAACUCAAGCCCGAGAGCUACGACAGUGAUUUUAUUCAGCGCGUUUGCGGCCUGGCCGAGCGUUUGCGCUACCACGAUCCCAUCCUGAUCAAUCGGGUGUCGUUUGCAGGUCCUCCGAUUGGCAACAACAGCGGCAGCAGCAGCAAGGACCCCGCCGCGCCUGAGGAGAAGGCCUGGUUGCGUCAGCUGCGUGACAUGGCCGAUAUGGAGCUGCAGGUGCAGCAGCAACAGCAUCAGGAGCUGCAGAGGCAGCAACAACAGCAACAACAGCAACAGCAGCAGAACGACAUCGAUCAGCAAUUCGCGGAGGUGAACCAACAGUUCCGGGAGCUUAAUAUGCAAUAUGAUGGUGGCAACUUAGAGGAUACCCUACAUCUGCCCAAGGAGCAGCCACCUUUGCCUGAUGUGCACCAGCAACAGCUGCCAGAGCAGCAGAUGCACCAGCAGCAGCAAUACUACGAGCCAACGCCGCAGACGCUGCUGCAGCCUCACGUACAGCCGCAGGAGGAGCUACCAACUGAACCGUAUGGCCAGCAGACCCAACAGUUACAGCAGCAACCGCAACAGAUGUACUACGAUCCCAAUGCAACAACAGCACAGCACUACGAGCAGCAACAGCAACAGCAGGUUGCUGCCCCCUAUGGCGGCCACAUAGAACCAGCGGCCGAGGCAUAUUCUGGUGGUGGCCAAACAGUGGAUCCAGCAGCAGUUUCAGCUCCUGGCUAUGGAUAUGACUACUGGUCGGGCACGCAGCAGCCGCCCUAUGGCGAUGAGCGAACGGAAGGAAUUGAGAAUUUGAAUGAGAACCAAGAUACAGACACAGGACAUGAUGAUAAGGAUAAGGACAAGGAGGAUGAACAGAAGAUGUUACAGCUGCAACAAAAGCAGCAACAACAUCAGCUUCAGCUGCACCUGCAACAGCACUUGCAACAGCAUCAGCAGCAGCAAAAACUAAAGCAACAACCACACUAUCGCAGUAACAGCAGCAACAAUCCCUUGAAAGGCUCGAAGGCACCAGUUACAAAGUCUGGCAUGGAGAUGGAGAGGACAAAGACACUCCUCCGCCAAAUGGCAGCAUCCUCCGCUACUAAGCCACAGACAGCAGUCACAACACGUCUCACAAAAGCAGAACCAGCAGCAGCAGCAGAAGGAGCAAUUGAGGCAGCAGAAGCGAUGACAACGCCAGCGCCAGCAGCAACAAAGGCAUUCAAUUUGAAUGAUCUUCAGCAUCAGCAACAACAGCCACAGGGUGGGAGACCAGCAAUCUCAAUGCCAAAAUCCAAGAGCUACGGGGAUGAGGACGAUGGUGCGGCUACGGGCACGGUCACGGCCACAGCCCGAGCAGCGGCCGGCAGUAAGCCAGCAGCAGGAGCAGGAGGCAAACAAGGUUCGGGUGGAGAAAUUGGUGCACCUGGCAAUCAGAAUGCCGGGUGGUUCGGGGGAUUGUGGAACAAGUUGUCGCUGAAACCGAAGAACCAAAUGAUUCUGCCGGAUGACAAGAAUCCCACCAUUGUGUGGGACAAAGAGCGCAAGUGCUGGACCAACACCGAAGGCAAUUCGGAUGAGGCGGAAAGCUUUAAGCCGCCGCCAAAGAUGAGUGACUUAGGCAUGGGAAUGGGCAUCAUGGGUGCGCCACCUCCAAAUAUGCUGGGCAGCAUGCCCUCACCCCAUCUGAUGAGUGGGCACGAUGCGGUGGCGGCGGCGGCCCCACAUCACCCACAAAUGUAUGGGAAUCCGCAUGACUAUGCAGCUGCUGCUGUCCCGACGCCCGAGCUAUAUCCAGCUUCGGUGCCAUCGCCAGCUCCAGCGCCUGCGAUACCAUCGGCAGACCUCGGCAUCAACACACCAGCAGCACUGGCACCAGCUCCCGGUGGCACCCAGCCCAAGCUGCAGUCGAACAUUUUUAAAAUGCAGCGCAAUCGCACUCUAAAGAACUCGUAUGUGGACGUGUUCAAUCCUUCGGGUGCCCCCAUGUCAGCGGCGUCCGAGAAUGUCCUCGCCCCCAUAAUGGCGCCGGCUGCAGUGCCACAAGGGGGUUACUUUGUUCCAGGAGGACCCUGAAUGCGCUCCUGCGCAUUAGCAGUAACGGGGGUGCCAGAACCCAAAUGCCAGCGAAAUCUGAACUUCGAGCUACGUAAAAACUACCAGACCAGAAGACCAGACCACACACGCACACAUAACCAGAGCACACGCACACACACACCCAUCCACCCUGCCACCUGCCUGCCUGCCACAUGAAACACACACACAAAAGGUGACCACAGGUGGCCACAGGGGCGGGGGGAAAAAUUUCGCAGGAGAAAUGACACUUACCGCCUCGCCCCAACAACAAAAACUACUGAACAAGAUGAUCCGAUUAUAACUUGCAUUAAUUAACCCUGUUGUCUGUCCUUUACCAACCUUAUCUUAGUGUUUGUGUGUGUUAGUGGUGUGUGUGUGUAUGUGUAGUGGUGCAUGUGUACGACCAUCCUUCGAACGAUCUUUAAAUGUUUAGCGAAAAGAUGAAACCAAUUUGUGUACUAAUAGCAAAAUAUAUAUGUAAUACCCAUCCCCCCCAUCCAGUCCCGCUCUAUCGCGUUCUAUCCUAAAAUCCUACUCCCACUCCCCUCCCCAACCCAACAAAGCAAUUUCUGUUUAUAUAUAUGAUAUUUCUUUUGUAUGUUGCAUAGUUUUUAUGAUUAUUUUUUGUUGUUGUUGUAUAGAGCUGAUGUAUGAGAAGGGAAUGAUGACAAAGAGAUAUGUAUUCAAAGAGCGGGAGGUGGGAGCGCAGGACACACAAGACAGAACAGAACAGGUCAUUGGUUUAUGCAUUAUUCAACCUUUUAAAAACAUCUAUCUACCUAUCUAUCUAUAUAUACGAGUAUAUUUAUAUACAAAUAUGUAUGUGUAUGUGUGGUAUGUGUGCACCUAUCUCUAAUCGAAAUUCUUGUGUGUUUUCUAUAUAGUUGAAUUAUCGAAUUGAUAGAUGCGAUCCUCGACUUGUUUUUUUUUUUUUUUGGUUCUCUGUGUCCCUUCUGAGAUGCGAUGCGAUUGGUGUGCAAAAUAUGAUUUAAUAUGAAAUAUGAUUCCAAUUACUAUAUAUUAUUUUGUUUUAUAUUUUAUUUUGUUAGAAUUGAAUUGUGUUUAUUUUUGUUGCUCUGAUGCUUUAAUGCUUAAUUUAAAUUAAAACGAAAAACUGGUGCAGGCAAAAACGACAAAAACAAACCCUAAAAUAUGGAAAGAAGAAAGGCAAUGAUAAGGCAAACCUACAUAUAUACAUAUAAAUAUAACUAUAUAUAUAAGCACACAUAUGUAUUAUGUACAAACAUCUAUAAAAUCGAAAUUUCUGCUAA